CGUCAUGUUUUAGCAGCGAGUCUGUUUAGUCUGCUAGUCGACGCAAGACGCCCUGGAGGAGAAAAGAGAGGGGUCUACACACCAGACAAUUCAAGAGGGCUUUUACUGAACAACUUCUUAAGAGCCCCGUCUGUUACGGAGCGAGAGGAGGAUACGUCCCGCCCAUCCCGUCAACGCGAAGUGAUAUUCAAGCGCAUCAUUGAGGCCAACCAGAUACGUGGACUGUUCCGUACCCUGAGACUAGGAGGAGGAGGCGUAGACCUCUUUCAAGGUGACAUCGUUGCCACUCAAUCCAUGCGUAAGGCAAUCCGAAACAGCCGACACAGGGAUACCAUCAAACUUAGCCGACGCGCACGAAGGGCGCGCAAGCAUCACCGGGGCAAGAGAGCGGCUGCUUCUAGCGAUAACCAGAAAUGGCCUAGGAACACAUUGGGAGAAGUCCACGUGCCGUAUGUGAUCGAAGCUUCGAUUGGUGCAAAUGCAAGAAAUGAAAUUCUGUCUGCGAUGAACCACUGGACUAGUAACGUCCCUUGCAUCAGAUUCGUGCAGAGAACAACAGAGGUGGACUAUGUCAGCUUUUUCGCCGGCAUCGGCUGCUACUCUGACGUAGGACGGAUCGGUCGCAAGCAGAGGAUUUCGAUAGGUCCCGGAUGCGAGUACAUGGGUGUGGUCGCGCAUGAGAUAGGUCACGCGCUUGGGUUUUGGCACGAGCAGUCUCGUCCGGACCGCGACCAACAUGUCCAAAUUAUCUGGCAAAACAUCCAGACAGGUUACGCAGAUGACUUCAAAAAGCUCGACUCUGCUGUCGUCAACAGCCAUGGCAUGGGGUACGAUAUUGAUAGCCUGAUGCAUUAUGGACCGGAUGCAUUCGCCAAGUCUCCUGGACUCCACACCAUCGUUAAACGAAGCGACGGCAGCACGAACUUCGGGCAGAAGAAUGGGCUUAGUCCUAACGACAUCUUACAGGCCAAGCUGAUGUACUGUAGAACCAACGAGCUGUUGUAG